GUAUAAAAAGACUUGGUUAGUCCGUGCUUGGUCACAGAUCGCAAGUGUAGCUCGGAGGACUUGAGUUGCUCCCACUCUCGACUGUGAUUCGACAAGGCAUCAUCGCCAUGAAGUCCGUGUGCAUUGCGCUCCUACUGCUGGCCGUUGCGGCCGUGGCGUACGCCGGAAUCUACGGAGGUGGUUUUGGACGAGGCGGCUACGGAGGUGGCGGCUUUGGAGGUGGCGGUUACGGCGGAGGCUUCCGUGGAGGCUACGGAGGUGGUGGCUACGGCGGAGGCUUUGGAGGCUACGGAGGAGGAGGAUUCGGAGGCUUCCGCGGCGGAUACGGUGGCGGAGGCUUCGGCGGAUACGGAAAGGGAUGGAAGGGAUAAACGCCCCGCCUGCGUGGGGCACGCACGCGCACUCACCACCGCACGUGCUGCUUGUACAUUCUCAUCUCAGUUGUUCUUGUUGAUAAAAAAUUGCAAAAACAUGCCAAUCA